AUGGCUCCUGCGACACAAUACGAGUUGUCCCCGCCCCCGGGCGACGCGGUCUCAUCCAUCUCCUUCGCGCCAACCUCAGGAACCAAGCUUCUCGUCUCGUCAUGGGACAAGAAGGUCUACUGCUACGAUAUCGCUGGCGGCGCGGGCGAGACUAACCUACUCAACACCUAUGAACACCGGGCGCCUGUGUUGGAUGUGUGUUUCGGUGCCGAUGAUAAUGAGGCAUUCACGGCCGGCAUGGACUGGGCGGUCAACAGGAUCGAUUUGGAAAGCGGAGAGAAGACUGUUCUAAGCAAGCAUGCUGCGCCGGUGCGCUGUGUAACAUAUAGCCGCUCGCAUUCCAUUCUCGUCUCCGCGUCAUGGGACUGCAGUCUCAACCUCCACAACCUCAAGGACCCUUCAAGCGAACCCAUCCGAGUUGCCCUGCCAGGAAAGCCUCAUGCCUUGGCUUCUAGCCCAACCAAGGUUGUUGUCGCCAUGACAGGACGUGUCAUCAACAUCUACGACCUCGACACCAUCGCGGAGAUGUUCGUAUCUGGCUCUACGGACCUUAAGCCAUGGCAGCAGCGCGAAUCCUCUCUAAGGUAUCUGACACGGGCUGUGGCUUGCAUGCCCAAUGAUGCUGGAUACGCCACGAGCAGUAUCGAGGGCCGAGUUGCUGUGGAGUGGUUCGAGGACACUGCAGAGUCCCAAGCCCGCAAGUAUGCUUUCAAGUGUCACCGUCAGGCAGCAACAGAUGGCGACGGAGAUAUCGUGUACCCUGUGAAUGCACUGGCUUUCCACCCGGUUCACGGAACGUUUGCGUCGGGAGGUGGUGACGGCACUGCCGCCUUGUGGGACGCGGAGGCAAAGCGAAGACUAAAACAGUACCAGAAGUUCCCAAACAGUGUUGCGGCGCUCUCAUUCUCUAGUGACGGCAGAUACCUGGCCGUGGGAGUGUGUCCCGGCUUCGAGACUGGGCAGGAAGACUACAACGGCGAGGGCCAGACGUCCGUGCUAAUCCGGGAGCUUGGAGACAACGAGGCAAAGGGCAAGGGUGCCAAGUAG